AUGGAAGGGCUUCCCCCUGUGGUGUCCUCCAUCAACCGGGUGCUGAGGAACCUGCAAGAGGCCACGUGGCUCGCAGCUGGCUGCAUGACGGAGCCUUCGCCACCAGGUGCUGCAGGUGUCCCCUGGCUGGGAGAAGCCAGAUCCCAGGUCUCAGCAGAGGUGCUCGCGUCCCAAUGCCCCCGGAAAAGCUCAGCCCGGGGACCCCUGCCGGGCGCCCAGCACAGAGACAGGACGAUCUUCUCGCGCCAGCAGGCAGCGGCCCUGGAGACAGAAUUCCAGAGAGGGCCGUACCCCGCCACCGCCACCAGGGAGCGACUGGCCUCUGCCACCCAGCUCCCCGACGCCACCAUCCGGGUCUGGUUUUCAAACCGAAGGGCCAAGUGGAGGCGAGAAGCUAAGCUGAAGCUGGAGACGGACCGUGCAGGGCCCUGCAGUGACUGGAUUCUACCCGCCUUCCCGCCAGCGCCCCCGGCCUGGGCUGCUUUCCACCUGCCCUCAGGCGCCGACUCCGUCUCCCUGCAGGUAGGUGAUGUGCCCGGAGCUCCUCUGAGCCAGCUCAGCCCUCAACCCAGGGGUUUCCCUUCCCCCUGUAAGGCCCAGGCUGGCCAGAGCUGCCCUGUCAGGCUGCCCCCGGGCCCUUCUCCCGGCUGGAGCUGCCCCCGCUCCGGCUGGUGGGUUGAACUGUAG